UAAUAUGGAAAUAUUAGUGAUAUGACUUAUUAUCCUUAAUGUCAUCUUCGUCUCAAUCGUCUGAUGCAUCUUCUUUUGAAUUCUUGGGGUUAUGAAACAGAACCAGCGACAAAUAAGAGUAAUUCAUGAUGCAUGGACUAUUGCUACCUUAGCUCCAGAUGACGAACGACGGAGUCAGCGAAAUAUAGAAAACCAGGAUUCUUCACAAAGUCUCAGCCAGCAGGACGAGGAAUGCUUAGUUGAAGAUAUCAGGAAUCAAGGAUUCAACAACGAAGGGCAUGAUCCAUUACCAGAGAGAGUCCCUAAUUCAAUUCUGCCACAGCUAAAAUUGAAUAACUCAAGAGCAAAUAAGUCAAGCCUAAUGAACAAAUCAAAAAAUAGUAAAUACAACGAAAGCCAAGAUGGGUCAUUCUCCCUUGAGGAAAUUUCUGACAGUCAAAAGAAAGGAGAUAAAAGUUUUGGAAACAGUAGCAUCUCAAAAAGGGUUCAUUUCAAGCCUGAAAAGGAGUCCUCUAGGAACCCAUGCAUGUUUCGCACAGCUAUAAAGAACUCCUUGGCUGAUUUGGCAAUACAAAAGGCGAGGAACCAUAUCCAAAAGAAAAAGAGGGAGAGUUUUAUUCGGAGUCGAAUGAGCACUACACAAAUUCCUAACUAUAGAUCCUUUGAUCCUAGUUAUCAUUCCAAACAAAAGAAUGUUGAUUUAGAAAGACUACCACAUCACGAUGAUAAAACAGUGAAGUCAGUUCAUUCUUCACACAAGGUCCCGAACUUCAAAAUUAAAAGAGAAGCAAGAGCUGCUGCUAGGAAUUUGAUGAACGAAAGGGGCAGAGAGUUAUACCGCCUUCCAAACAGACAAAAAGAUUUGAUUGAGAAAGAACUUAUAAGCAGAGCAUUGAAAUUCCUUGGCAAAAGAAAUGGGGGCAUUGAAUACGCUGAAUCUGUAGAAUCAGAAGAAUCUGAGGACUCUCAGAAGCCUCCUCCUCUAAAGAUUUUCCUUGAUUAUGCCCUCACACAGGAAAUACAGAAGUAUUCUCUGCCAUAUUAAUGUGUAUGUUCAUGUAUUAUUUCAAUACUU